AUGGUCGUCGUUGCCGUUGCCGGCGGCACAGGCGGCGUCGGGCGCACCGUGCUGGAUGCUAUUGCAAAAUCGGGCCAACACCAAGCCAUUGUGCUUUCAAGAACAACAUCAGUUCCUACCGCAGUCGACGAACCGAAACGUUUUGCAGUAGAUUACAACAGUGUAGAGCAGAUGAAGAAGAUUCUGCAAGAGAAUAACGUUCAAGUCGUUGUGUCAGCCUUGCUUCUCGUUGAUGAAGCCGUUGCCCAGUCGCAGAUCAACCUGAUCCGGGCCGCAGCUCAAUCAGGAACCGUAACCAAAUUUAUUCCUAGCGAGUACUAUAUCGAUUUCCAUGCCCCAAUCCCGUACGUUUCCCUCCAGUCAAUUCUGUCAAGGCAGCGGUUCUCACUCUUUUCCACCAGCGGCGCUGACCUGUUUACCAAUUUUCAACUCGAGGCCGAAGCUGAGCUCUCGCGACAUGCGCAGUUGACGUGGACGCUUAUCAGGGUCGGCAUCUUCCUUGAUCACUUGACGAUGCCGCAUAACCCCAAGACAACCUACAUUACCCCAUUCUGGGUAUUUGUCGACAUUGACCACGAGCAAUGCGUCUUUCCGGGCGACGGGUCACAGCCUCUUGUGCUCACGCACUCGCAAGACCUCGCGGCAUACAUUGAGCGUCUGGUAGGUCUGCCGGCCGAGAAUUGGCCGCGCGAAUCUGUCGUCGCGUCAAACAAGCUUCUGGUAAAAGACCUCGAGUCGCUUGUGAACAAGGUCACAGGGAAAAAAUUCAAAGUCGCAUACGACUCGGUGGAAUGCAUUCAUAAGGGUCGCAUCACACAACUGCCUUCUAACACGGCCGUGUUUCAGGAUCCGGCCAAGGGGGAAAUGUUUCGCGACGUCGAGCACCAAGUCAUGCUUUCCAUGUUGAGCAGAGCGCACGACUUGCCCGGCAAGAAUCUCGCUGAGCUUUUUCCAGAGGUGGAAACGACGGAUAUUGAAGACUUUUUCAGGUCGGGCUGGACACUCAAGCAGAGCAGAGCACCGUAG